AUGAAGGUAAUGUCAUUAGACCUAAUAUCCUCAAUAAUAUUUAGUAUAGUUUUAGCAAGAAGCACUUUGGGUUCGGAGGCCGUCACAGGUUGCUUUCCAUUUUGUAUAAAAAAAACAAAGAAAAGCCAUAAGACAACAGAUGAACCAUAUAAAAGUAAGGAUGCCUAUGAUCCUGAUAUUCCAAAUAUCAAAUUUAUAGAUGAAUUUAGUCCAAAGGUAAUAGAAAUUUGCAAAGUAAAUCAACCUAGAUUAGGUGAGCUCUUUAUCUCAGAAACUGAUGGUGCCAUCGUUGAUAAAGUGACCGGAUUUUUAAGAAGAGAAAAUGAUUCCAUGAGACAAGGAUGGUAUAUUAGGCCAUAUGAAGAAGAUUAUGAACAUAUGAUUAAGGUUAAAUUUAUGCCUCUUAAUAAAAAUAAUCAAUCUUUUCAAUCCAACCAAACAAACGUACAUAAACAAGAUGGUACACCAUCUGCAAUGCUUAAGGCGGCUGAAAAACGAGAAUUGCCAAAAGAACAAAAAUUAAGUACAAUAAAUGAAAAAAACUCAAGUGCAUUACAUGAAGAUAAAGAAGAACUUGAUAAAGAAAAUGAAAAUAAAAGUGAAGACGAAGAUGAUGAAUUAUAUGUAGCAAAUUUGAUAGCUCGAUUAUUUCCAGAACAUGAAGAAAAUGAGCAAUUUAAAGAGAAAAUAAGGAAGCAAUGCCGUAUAGUAAGGAAAUGGGAAAAGGAAAUGAAGGAAAAUUAA